GAGAAAAACAAGACUUUCUUCAUUGAGCUGAUGAGCCCACGCAUGGUGGAUAUGAGUUUACAGAAAGGAAGACCGUAAGGGUUAAAAUAGUAGAUGAGGAGGAAUACGAAAGGCAGGAGACUUUCUUCAUUGCCCUUGGUGAACCGAAAUGGAUGGAACGAGGAAUAUCAGCGCUGCUACUCACUCAAGAAGUGGCAGAGAGGAAGCUGACCAUCGAAGAGGAGGAAGCCAAGAGGAUUGCAGAGAUGGGGAAGCCGGUGUUGGGCGAGCAUCCCAAAUUAGAGGUCAUCAUUGAGGAGUCCUAUGAAUUCAAGAGUACCGUGGACAAGCUGAUUAAGAAGACAAACCUGGCUUUGGUUGUAGGGACACAUUCCUGGAGGGACCAGUUCAUGGAAGCCAUUACUGUUAGUGCAGCGGGUGAUGAAGAUGAGGAUGAGUCUGGUGAGGAGCGCCUGCCAUCCUGCUUUGACUACGUCAUGCACUUCCUGACUGUCUUCUGGAAGGUGCUUUUUGCUUGCGUGCCACCCACAGAGUAUUGCAACGGCUGGGCCUGUUUCGUGGUGUCCAUCAUGAUAAUUGGCAUGCUCACUGCUGUCAUUGGGGACCUCGCUUCCCACUUCGGCUGCACCAUUGGCCUCAAGGACUCGGUGACUGCUGUUGUCUUUGUGGCCUUUGGCACCUCAGUACCAGACACUUUUGCCAGCAAAGCAGCCGCCAUCCAGGAUGUGUAUGCUGAUGCUGCCAUCGGCAACGUCACGGGCAGCAAUGCCGUCAACGUCUUCUUGGGCAUCGGACUGGCAUGGUCCGUGGCUGCCAUCUACUGGGCUUCCCAGGGACAAGAGUUCCAUGUGUCAGCGGGCACUCUGGCCUUUUCCGUCACGCUUUUCACCAUCUUUGCUUUUGUCUGCAUCAGUGUCCUGCUGUAUCGGAGACGGCCUCACCUCGGAGGGGAACUAGGAGGCCCCAAGGGGUGCAGACUUGCCACAACUUUGCUCUUUGCGAGCCUGUGGCUCCUAUACAUUCUUUUUGCCACGCUGGAAGCCUAUUGUUAUAUCAAAGGGUUCUAAGCCGCGGAGAGAUGAUGAAGUCGGGAGGGAAGGAUCCCCCUCCUCUGUUACCUCAUUGGACACCAGUCCUCCAAGUGUUGUUAAACCAGAAGUGACAGCUGUCUGAUUCCACAGUUGCCCAGACAGGAGGACAACUGGGCUGCAAGAAGGGCAAAAUUAUCAUGAAACAAAAACAAGUUAAAAAAUACAAAAUGAAUUUAAGGUAUUUAAAUAAAUCAAACAAAAUAAACCCAGUCACUGACCCCAGUCAGUGAUAUUGAGACUCUUCAGCCACCUUCAAAGAUCACAUUUUCUUUAUUUUAUUGUUUUCUUUUUUCUCUCCUCCAUUCUGAAAUGGUGUCAUGUAUUUCUAAAUAGGUCGAGAAUUACAGAAAUAAGUUGGAUCAAGGUUUUGCGGGGGAGGGGAGGAAACAUUGCUUUAAGUUUUUUUCUUCCUUUAAAUAGACAAAAAAAUGUUAAAAAUCAAAACCAAAAGCUUCAAGCUGCCAUCAGUGCUGGAGUUGAACCAUGCAUUUUUUUGAAGCCACAAAAACAAUGUCAUAGUCAAAUGACUCACUGUUAUCUGUUUCUCCCUUUAAGUAUAUCAUGAGACUCACGUAUAUCAAAUGCAAAUAGAAACACACAUGCAGGAAAAUACAAUGAUGAAGGCUGGAGCAUAGUGCAACCCACGCACCAACCUGGGAUUUAAAAAAAAAAAGAAAAAGACCUCUAACAUGAUAUGUAUCCUGUAUAUUUUGAGUAUGGCAUCUCUCUUUGUGAAAAAAAACUUAAAACCUGUGGUACUGCAGGGAGAGGAAAAUAUGUUCAUUUAGAAAAGGUAAAGAAAUGAACAGAUACACAGACAUAGCCUGCAAUGUGGAAAACAGGGAGCUAGGGAAACCAGGGCACGUCCCUUAGGAUCAUAAUGGUAUUGUGUUUGAUUUGUGGGAGGGCAGCAGGGUGUUCCUUUUUGCUUUAAAGUGAAGGUGAAUUCAUGUAAAUAAUUUGCUGUUCUCACAUUUUGGUGCAUAUAAGAAGCUUUGAGGCAUAAGACACCACUCAAAGGUUUCUAAGCAUCAUCUUAAAGGGUUUACUUUGUCCUUAAAAACACACAUGCUUACCAAAGGGAAAAGGAUCAUGAUGCCUCUUCAUAACUCCUCUCUUGGCAUCAGGACCAGUUGAUUUCCCUACAUCUUUAAGGCCAAGUAUGUCCUAAUGGAUGAUGACCUACAUCUGGUUACUGUAACUCACUGGGAUCAGAUAUGCUGAGCAAAGAUGACACCAGUCUCUUUUUCGGGGGAAAAACCAAAACCAAAUCAAAACCAUAUGACAGUAUUUUUCCAGUGCAACGGUCAUUUCCCAUUUUGAUUUGUAUCAUGUCUGCCAAUUUGCUCCUUUAACACCCUGUUGUUAUAAGGAUCAGUGCUCCAUUCAUGGGCUUUGCUAGGUUGAGAGAUACAGUAUGGUCUUAAAAACUGCCACAGAUCUUAGGACUUCUGUGUCAUCUUAAGUACAUUUUAGAAAAGCAUCCUUUUAAUUUUAAGUGCAUUUUUUUAAAGAAAAAAUGAAAAGGGGGAAUACAAGCAAGAUCUCGUAUCAUGAAUUACAUCAACAGCUGCGAAUUGAAAUGUUGGGUUGGUAAAAAAAAAUAAAAUAAAAGCUAUACUUAUCUAUAUAAACAUAUUAUCUAUAUACAUAUUUCUUAAGUGCAAGAACUGAAAGAGGGCAUUGCAGCUUCAUUCUUUUUAAAGUGUUUUUAAGAUGAAGAUGUUUUCUUCUGUCAAAAACUUAGGUACUGUAAAGGGAAGUGUUUUCUUCGUAAAUUUCACACUCAUUAAACAAACCUGGAGCAUUAGCGUGUAAACCAGGAAAUGGAAAGGGGUCCUUCUCUACCUGUCUUUUCAUAAGAGUGAGCCAAUGCGCUGAUAAUGCCUUAAAGGCCGGGCAAAAGCACACAGAGGGAAAAUAGAGAUGGGACUGAGAAUUGUGUUAUUUUGUUAUGGAAAAGAAGAUGCAAAAUGAUCUCAGAUGUACGGAAGAGCAUGAAAAUUAUCCUUAAUUGACAAAUGAAAUAUUUAUUUUCGUACAGAUGUGUAUCAAGUAUAUAUAAGUGUGAGAGGGGAAAGAAAGAUUCUUUUCUCUCUGAUAUGAUACGAGCAGUGGGCGCUUUGUCUGUUGAAACUAGCAGUGGGCGAACAAUAAAAGGUGUGAAUCCAAUAAGCACCCAGAUUUUCUGAAUGUUUAUCCUCAGUUUAUCAGAGCUUUUUGGGUCUGCAACAUCAGGCAAGAAAACUUAUGAGAACAGGUUGCCUAUUGAGAUUUUCAGUACAUCUUGCUUCCAGAAUGCCAAGAAAUACAAGAUUAGCUUUUGUUAACUUAUUUCAACAUUGCAGCUCUCAUCCUGGCUCUGACCCAGCAAGCAGAAGUGCAAGAAAUUGAAAACACAAAGGUUUGAAAAAAAAACAAACCUUAGUUUGAAUUUGGGGCAGAGGUUCAGAUGGGUUCUUAUUUUAUCCAGACCGGUUCUCCCAUUCCUAGUUGAAACGUGGCUUGGGUAUUUGAAAUGCAGUUAUGUUGCUUGUGCUGUAUCAAACACAUGCUUAUCAUCUGCUUCUUUAUUAAGAUCACUUUGUCGGGGGGUGAGGGAGGGUUAGCGGGAGGAGGGAGGACUACGCUAAUGCCAAUCUCAUAGUUACUUUGCUGCCCUUACAUACACUGAGAAAAACUGCUCCAGGCCAAUAACAUCUGGGGAGUGUUUCUUCCUUUUAUUUUAU